AUGGGGCUUGAGGCGCAGCUACAUCUAGUUGGAGACAACUACUCCAACGCCUCCUCCGCAUUCUUCAUUGCUGUACUCCUCUUCUCACUGCCGAAUAUGGUGCUACUCAACCGCCUUCCUGUAGCAAAAUGCUUAGCAGUAAAUCUCCUCGGCUGGGGCCUCUGUACGGCCUGCCAUGCUAGCCUCAGCAACUAUGCCGGGCUUGUCACUCUUCGAGUCCUCAGCGGAGCCUUCGAAUCCGGCAUACCACCUGCCUUGAUGCUUCUCAGUAGCCAGUACUUCACAUACCAAGAGCAAGCCCCCCGCUUUGCAUGUUGGUACACGGGAUUGGGCAACGGACAGAUUCUUGUGGCACUGAUCUCAUUCGGUUUCCAACACAUGGCACCCACCGCGGCCCUGUCCAGUUGGAAGACCAUGUUUCUGGUCUUGGGACUGGUCACUGCAGCCGUGGGGAUUUUCGUGCUUUUCUUCGUUCCAAACUCGCCCAUGAAGGCCAAGUUCUUAUCUGACGUUGAAAAGGUGACUUUGCUCCAGCACAUCAAGGUCAACCAAACUGGUAUCGACAGCAGGCGUGUCCACCCUGGUCAAAUAGUUGAAGGUCUACUGGAUCCCGCAUGCUGGGGUAUCUUCUUGCUUGUGGCACUGCAAUCGUCUGGUUCGGGCGUGGUCACAGCCUACUCGGCAACAAUCCUGACUUCGUUUGGCUACACCCCCAAACAAGCAGCAUUAUUAAACAUCCCGUCUGGCGCGGUAAACAUUAUAUGUGUAUUGUGCUACUCAUUCAUAGUAAGAUACUACGGGUAUCGGUGGCUAUUCAAUGCAGGGGCGGGUGUGGUGGGUGUUACGGCGGCAGCGUUGAUGUGUUUUCUCCCCAACAGCAACAGGUCGGGUUUGCUGGCCGGGUUGUACCUGAUCAAUGUUCUUCCCGGCGCCACAACCAUCGCAUUCCAAUGGCUCACUUGCAAUACCGCAGGGCAUACCAAGCGAACAUACGCUACGGCGGGGUUAAACGCAGCGUUUGCCAUUGGAAACAUCAUUGGGCCACUGACCUUUCGUGCUCAAGAUGCACCUAAUUUCAGGCCUGCAAAGCUGGCAUUGGUAAUAUUGUGGUCAAUCUCUGUGGCGGUAGCCGUUCUCUGUCGUUUCUAUUAUGUCGCCAUGAAUCAAAGGAGAGAUAAAUUGGCUGAGGCGGAAGGUGAAAAGGUGGCCAUUGACAAGGCGUACGCUGGACUAACGGACAAGGAGAACUUGAGUUUCCGAUAUCACUUGUAG